AUGGACAGUGGAAUGACCAGAGCACGGAGCAGGAGCUGGGGGCUUCCCACGGUGCUGCUAGUGCUGGUGCUGGUGUCGGAGUGCACGGCGCGAAUACACAAGCUCACACUGAAGAACGAAACACGCUUUUUAGUCCAGCUCAACACAUUUGGUUUUUAUGCCAAUGGAACUCUGGACGUGAAUCUGACGGCGCUGAGUUUCACAGAACAGCAAGUGGACCACCUGGUGGGCUUUAGCCUCUCCAGAUCUCGUGUGAGCGGUGUCCUCUCCUACACAGCUGAAGAAACAGAGACCUGUCCUCUGACGGCCACAAAGUCCACAAACAACGAGCCGCUUAUACUGUUCCUGGUGGACGUCCGUAUGCAACAAGUCAAAGUCAAAGUGAUGGGAGACCAGGACAACAUCCUGACAGCGCACAAAGUGGACACAGACAAGCGUUCCAGACGGCAGGCUCCCGCAGACCCCCAAAAAAGUCCAGACAAGCCUACCGAGAAGCCUACCGAGAAGCCUGCCGAGAAGCCUGCCGAGAAGCCUGCCGAGAAUCCUGCCGAGAAUCCUGCCGAGAAUCCUGCCGAGAAUCCUGCCGAGAAUCCUGCCGAGAAUCCUGCCGAGAAUCCUGCCGAGAAUCCUGCCGAGAAUCCUGCCGAGAAGCCUGCCGAGAACCCUGCGGAGAAGCCUGCCGAGAAGGAGACUAUGAAAGAGAAGUCCCAGAGCCCGCAGGACACCAGAACUUCUGUGGAGCUUUCACAGACAAAGCAGUUCUCAAUAGCUAUGGGCAAAGUGGACAGCUCGUACAACUUCAGCUUCCACUUGAAGGUGGGCACGCUGGCUCAGGGCCUCUACAACUUCAACUUCCACUACUGCCCCAAGGCGCUGCCUGGAAAACCCUAUUCACUCAGUGUGGAGGUGACUGAGAAGAACCCGGGUGGCUACUUGUCUGCUGCAGAGAUCCCUCUGUCCCGUCUCUACAUCGGAAUGGCAGGAGUUUUCUUCACCGCAGCUCUGGUGUGGGUCUAUACGCUCAUGAAGCACCGAUAUAGCGUGUUUAAGAUCCACUGGCUGAUGGCCGCAUUGGCCUUCACCAAAGCCACCUCCCUGGUCUUCCACAGUAUUAACUACCACUUCAUCAACACAGAGGGCCACCCCAUCGAAGGCUGGGCUGUCAUGUACUACAUCACCCACCUGCUAAAAGGGGCGCUGCUGUUCAUUACUCUGGCUCUGAUUGGCACCGGCUGGGCGUUUGUCAAGUACAUCCUGUCUGACAAAGAGAAGAAGAUCUUCAUGAUUGUCAUCCCUCUACAGGUGCUGGCGAACGUUGCCUUCAUCAUCAUCGAGUCGACAGAGGAGGGCUCCAGCGAGUACUCCCUUUGGAAGCAGAUCCUGUUCCUGGUGGACCUCAUCUGCUGUGGGGCCAUCCUAUUCCCUGUGGUCUGGUCCAUCCGUCACCUACAGGAGGCAUCCAGCACUGACGGCAAAGCUGCUGUGAACCUGGAAAAACUCAAGCUUUUCAGACACUACUAUGUCAUGAUCGUGUGUUACAUUUACUUCACCAGGAUCAUAGCCAUUCUACUGAAGAUCACCAUGCCUUUCCAGUGGCAGUGGUGCUACGAGUUCCUGGUAGAGGUGUCCACUCUGAUCUUCUUCGUGCUGACCGGGUACAACUUCAGACCAGCCUCCAACAACCCGUACCUGCAGCUGCCCCAGGACGAGGACGACGUGGAGAUGGACGAAGUAAUGACAGAGUCCGGAGCUCUCGAGGGCAUCUCCAAAGUCAAGAAGACCUCCAACGGGCGCGAGCGUCAGAAAGAGUCCACAAUAUGA